AAUAUAUUUAAUAAUAAUUUACAGAAAAACAUGAUUAGGCAACUUGUUUUCGUCGGAUUAAUUGCAUUCGUUGCUUGUUAUCCGUACAACGAUGGAAAUCCUGAAGAACUGGAUGCAUUUGAGAGACAAGAUGAGCAAGUUUUUCGCCAAAGAAGAUUCGUGAGCCAGGUGAACCGUCCAAGGCCAGGACCAGUCUGGUCACCGCCGAUUCCAAGACCUCAAGGACCACAGACUUCUGUUAAUCCAAGCAUUAGGACUGACAAAGCUGGAACUACGAAUGUUGGUGUCGAUAUCAACCAUAAAAGACCUGGUGCCGAAAUUAACGCACACAUCGAUCAAAAUGUUAGAGGACCUGGUAAAUCCAGCAAACCAAACUGGCACGUUGAAGCUACAAUCGAUUAAUACGUUUUAUGUAUUAUUUCCAACAAGA